AUGGCCGUGUGGGAUCAGCUGGAAGUCACCAGUGCACAUGUGGCGUAUGCGUGUGUGGGUAUCUUCUCAGCAAUUUUCAUGCUGGUAUCGCUGUUUGCGAAGGAGAAACUUUACAUCGGUGAGUCGACCGUGGCAGUGAUUUUCGGGCUUAUUGUAGGCCCACACUGUCUGAACUGGUUCAACCCAUUGACAUGGGGUAACUCAGACUCGAUUACGCUCGAAAUUACGCGGAUCGUGCUGUGUUUGCAAAUUUUUGCGGUCGCCGUUGAACUUCCCAAAAAAUAUAUGCUGAAACACUGGGCGUCCGUAACGAUGUUACUGUUGCCUGUGAUGACCGCCGGAUGGCUGAUUAUUGCGCUGUUUGUGUGGAUUGUUAUCCCCAACUUGAACUUUCCAGAGGCGCUACUCGUGGCGUCGUGCAUUACGGCAACAGACCCCAUUUUAGCGCAGUCUGUGGUUUCGGGUAAGUUUGCACAGCGUGUUCCGGGGCAUUUGAGAAACCUGCUAUCCGCCGAAAGUGGUUGCAAUGACGGUAUGGCAUUUCCCUUCAUUUUUCUGUCACUAAACUUGCUUGUACACUCGGGUCAUGGCGGUGAGAUCGUUAAAGACUGGAUCUGCAAAACCGUUCUAUACGAGUGCGUAUUUGGGUGCAUACUGGGUGCGGUGAUAGGCUACGCUGGUAGAAGUGCCAUCAAGUUUGCAGAAAGUCGCAAGCUGAUUGAUCGAGAAUCGUUUUUGGCGUUUUAUGUUUGUUUAGCCUUCAUGUGUGCAGGCUUUGGGUCUCUCCUUGGGGCAGACGACCUUCUAGUUUCGUUUGCCGCAGGAACUGCAUUUUCCUGGGACGGUUGGUUUUCCACCAAGACGAAAGAAAGUGAAAUUUCCACCAUUAUUGACUUAUUAUUGAAUUUGGCGUAUUUCGUUUAUUUUGGAGCUAUCAUUCCUUGGCAACAAUUCAACGAUGCCAAACUCGGUUUGGAUGCCUGGAGACUUGUUAUCCUGGGAAUUGUGGUUAUCACAUUGCGUCGGAUACCUGCCGUGCUUAUCUUCAAAACCAUGAUUCCAGAUAUCAAAUCCUGGAGAGAAGCAGUUUUUGUUGGUCACUUUGGACCGAUUGGUGUAGGUGCAAUUUUCGCAGCUAUCCUGGCGCGUUCUGAACUCGAAAGCUAUGCUACUGGCGAGGAAACACCUCUCAGACAUAUUCCCGAGGAAGGAACCAAAUUUUGGCGAUUGAUCGCCAUUAUUUGGCCCAUUACUUGUUUUUUCAUUAUUGUAUCCAUCAUUGUCCAUGGGUCAUCGGUUGCUGUCAUCACACUGGGCCGUCACUUGAACACGAUUACUCUGACCAGGUCCUUCACAGUGCAAACAACGAAUGGUAAGGGCGCUUCUUGGAUGCAAAGACUACCUACUCUUGAUAAGUCUGGGCGUUCCUUUUCUUUACAGAGGAUAGAUACCAAAGCGCCGCCUGAUAGUCUCAGCCGCCAAGAGACAGCUGUUGAAACGAGCGGAGUGCCCGCAAAACCUGUUGGCGGAAUGAAGAGAAAGCGCAGAAGCUUAAGGAAUAGGCUCAAAAAAUUGAAAUCGAGAGGCGAUCCUACCGCAGGUGGAUCUGAAAGUCCCGACUCUGCUGGAAAUGAAAGGCUACAACGUGAAAAAGAAGCUCAGGCUGCUGCUUUUGCUUUGAGCUCUCAACUUCGUCCGCAUGACAGUGUGCCUUACGAAGAUUCUAACAUUGACGAAGAUGACGAUCCCGACGAUACUCUGGACUCUAUCGACGUAUUGAAUCCCGCUGAAGCGUCUCAGGCCAUAAGCAGGUUAGAUGCGAUUUCUGGCCAGCGCCCUGACGCUGAAGCUGAGCAUAUCGAAGACGACCUAAAUCGUAUGCAACACACGAAACAAGAAUCAAGCUUUCCCGAGGACAAUGUUCCAUUACCAGAAGGCGUUACCAGCUCUUCUUCAAAUUUUGAUGAAGAAAAACUUGAAAGAUCAUCGCGAACCGCUUCUGUUGAUAGCUACUCUAGAGAUUUCGAGAAGCUAAGAAGAGAAAUGGAACAAAAAGCGGAAGAAGAAGAGGGUGCUGUUGCAUAUGCUGAAGGCAAUAAAAUCAUUGUCGAGAAUAGUCAAGGUGAAAUUAUCGAUCAGGCGGAACUGAAUAGAAAGCCCAGAGACGAAGAAGAGGGUGCUGCGUCAUCUCCGCAACGCACUUUAAGUCAAGGCUCUUCUAAAAUGGAGGCUUUGAAGCGGGCUGUUACACCGCCAAGAAUGAGAAGGCAAACUCUGAUAGACGAGAAAUCUAAUACGAGAUAUUUUGCCUAUAAGAUUGACGACCAGUUGAUUAUUGAAAACGACGACGGUGAUGUUCUUCGAAGAUAUAAAAUCAAUCCUCACGAGCUCGACGGUCAACGGAGCAGAAGCAGCAGCAACAGAACAAGGACAGGUAGUGUAAUGGCUAAGGCCCUUUCUGCUGUGGGUCUUUCCAAAACCGCCAAUUCACAAUCGAGCACACAAGCAUCAAAAAAUCAAAAUUUAGAGCCAGCUGCCAAAAUCAAGGGACGUCGUCUAACUCCUGUACCAACUUCCGGUGCUAUUGACGACCCAUCUGAGGACGAGGAGGAGGAUCAAGAAACCGACGAGGACAAUUACGAUUGUGAUAGUGACGAAACUGAAGGUUCGGACCAAGCAGACGAUUACGACACUGACGACGAUCAAGGCUCCGAUGCGGAAUCCUCUGAUAAUAACGGUCAAAGUGACGAUGAAUCAGAGACCGCCAUCGAGCGUGCUCGGAGGCUUACUGCGUUCGGCCGCGCCUCUGCUCCCAGACAUGAAGACGACGAGGAAGAAGCGGUCGAUGCUGCUGCCGUCACAUUUGAAGCGCCCAAGAAGAAACAAAAGGUGAAGACUGCUUUCCAACGCACUUUGGGCAAGUAA